GGCUGGGUGCCAUUACCGCUGGCUCUGCCAAAUACAACGUCUUGCGGAAGGGUCUGGUAGAUCAUGAGCAUGAAACGGCAAAGAGAGCGGGACGAAACUGUGUGAAAAAUUUAUUUCUGUUUCCAGGCGGAAUUGCGGAGAUUUUUCAGUAAUGCUCUUUUUAUUCAGAAGUAUUUGGACCACGACGACAGCGUUUUUCAUUCAGUCUCUGUGUGUGCGUCGCACGAACCAAACGUACAUCUGGGAUUCACGACUACGACAUAGUAAUUCAUGACUGCCUUUGACGUAGUUCUUGCAUUUGAUCCUAUUUUCUUAUAGCAAUAGAAUGAUCUUCACGUUGUGUACCGCAACACUCAGAACUAGCUACGUGUAACUGCUACUCCUGCUCAUGUGCAAUCAUACUUUUGCACUCGUCGUCAAUAACAAACAGGGCCGGCCCGGGACGGCACACGAUUGUUCUGAAAUGUCGUCGUGGUUUGUGCCGUCUCUGCUUGGAAUCCGACUCGACGCUCGUCCCUUGCUACGCCUUCGGCGUAAACGAUUUUUAUCGAAAUUUGUUGUUGUCCGGCUCUGGAGGACAAGAAAGCUGGAUCGGCAAGCUUUCGCGCAAGUUGCAAAUCGGGGUUGCGCUUUUUUGGGGUCCGCUAGGCCCCUUUUGUCCGCUCGUGCCCUUCCAGCCUCCCAACGGCGUCCAGUUCUGCUUCGGCGAAGGCAUUCAAAUGCAGCAGUUCUGCAGUGACAAGACAGCGUUCUCCGCAAUGCCAACAGAGGAAAGGGAACGCCUCGUCGACAAAGUUUUGGCACGCUACAUCGAGGAGAUCCAAACCGUAUUUGACAAGUACAAGGUGGUCUGUGGUUGUUCGCCAGACGCAAAAUUGGAAAUACUCUGAAACCACACGCACACGCCAUCUUGACGAACGCUUCAGAUUCAGUUGUUGUAGUUCUGAAAGUAAUUUUUACCAAGUACAAGUACUAUAUUAUAUUUAUAAGCACAACCAGAGAGACUACAAUUAAUUAUACAUAGGUUAUACUUUUUUGUUUGAAGAGAUAGAAAGAUCUUGGUCUUCUUCGGUUCAAAACAUUAUUUUCAGUGCCAAUAACGCAUGAAUUAUCUUGAUCCCCUUUCCCUUUCAUAAGCCCGGAAUGGUUAGAAAUACGCUCACGAUAUUCACGACUAGUAGGUUCUUUCCGCAAAUUUAAUGAAACAAGUUAGCGCAUGGCUGGUAGCCACGUCUGCAACAUUGUUCUCUUGAAAACUGCAACCCUAAACCCUAAACCCACCACGUAUGUCCUCAUCCAGAUGAAAGCUCCGCCAACGCAAGAAACUACCUAGGCUUGAAAGUAUGUAAGCUCUGACUGGAAUCGCUCCUGCGCAAUCGCAGUUCAUUAGGUGCACGUAUUUUCUGAAUCUUCCAGGCUGACCUUGAGAGCGAGUCG